CGGGUAAUUUUUUUUCCAUCGUAGCACGUGGUUGAUUGUGUUGCGUCUUCUUGAGUUUGAAUUUUACACUGAAAGCCAGUUUUGGAACAACAGGAAACAAUGAGUGCUGAAAAAAUCGAAUGGCUAAAAAAUGAGAAUCAAAAGGUUAACGAUGAAAUUAGUAUGCACAAGAAGAAACAAGAAGAACUAAGAUGCAGGGUUAAACAGCUCACGGAAAAUCUCAAUAAACGUAGUAAUCAGCUGGAAGCAAUCAAAAAACGUUGCGAGGAAACAAAAUUACAACUGACAGAGCUAAUGGCUAAUGAGAAGAAAAUUAUUGCUAUUCAUGAAAUCGAGAAAUCUCGGUACUCUAAAAUUCGGCAAGCUAUUGAAGACCAUAAGGCCGCUAUAGAUGGGGUGACGAACAGGAACAUAGAUAAAAAUGUCCAUUGUGUGAAUAAACCCUCAGCGAUAUCUCCGAAUCUACUUUCCUAUAAUCGUUGCUGUCGUGAGUACCAGUUAGACGAAAAAGAACGGAAUCUGACCGACCGGAAAUCAUCGCUUGCGAAACGUGAACAGGAUUUGGUUAUCAAACGAAAUCAUAAUUCGGCGCGGAUAGUUCGGCUUAGAAAAUUGCUACAAACUAGUGAAGCGAAACGUGCACUGCGUAAAGAACAGUUGACUGCAGUCAAGUCCAAAGUUAACCGUCGUUACUAGUUCCGGUGACGAUGCGCUUGCACAAAUGCCAGGUUAGGAAGUAAAUGAAUUCUGUGAAGGUUAACAGACUGCAACCUAGAAAAAAUCC